ACCAAGAUACACAUUGCAAAGACUAUCAUUUUUGUGUUUAGGAUUUUAGCUCACCCUAUUUUAGAGCUAUUAUGGUAAAAUCCAUUACCGUGUUGCGCGGGAGCAGGACAAGUUGUGUAGGCUGCUUAGCUAGCUACGAAUAUAGUACUACUUUGAGUGCCGUACGUCGCAAGAAGAAUGGCUCGGGAUUACAAACCGGGUGACCUGAUCUUUGCGAAGAUGAAGGGCUACCCUCACUGGCCUGCCAGGAUUAAUGACUACUCUGAUGGAGCUGUGAAGCCGGCCAACAUGAAGUUUCCCAUCUUUUUCUUUGGUACCCAUGAAACUGCAUUCUUAGGCCCCAAAGAUAUAUAUCCCUACCUGCCCAAUAAAGAGAAGUAUGCCAAGCCUAACAAGAGAAAGGGUUUCAAUGAAGGCCUGUGGGAGGUUGAGAACAACCCAAAGGUGGAGCUGAAUGGAGAGAAGCAAAUGAUGCUGUCGGAUAACGUAACGGAGAAGGACUCUGACAGUAACCCGGAAGGGGACGAGGAGGGAGGUUAUGAGAAGAGGAAGAAACCCAAAGUGUCGGGGGCUGAGAGUGAGGCUGGACAGGAGGAGGAUGAUGAGGAGGAUGGGGGCAUGCAGGUCUCUGAACAGGGACAGCCCCAGGGCCAGGAUGAACUGUUCUGGGACUUGGAAACUAGACUCUUGCCUGCUGACUUGGACCCCACACCAAAUGAAUCUACAGACACUCCCAAACCCAAGAGAAGAAGGAAGAAAAAGAGUGAUGUAGAGGCCGACUCUGAGAAAGAGGACGCUGCCAACAGUCCCACAUCCAGCCCUCAAGAUGGAGAGGGCCCCACUCCUAAGCGGCGAGGCAGGAAGACCAAAGCUGAGAAGAUGCUCCUACUCCAGCAGCAGGACCCCCAGGGCUCAGGCAGUGACCUGGACACUGCUGAGUCGGAGAGAAAGAGAAAAAGGACGCCGGAAGACAAGUCCAAGAGAGGAGAGGAAGAGAAGAGGCUGGACGGGAGGAGAAAGAAGGAAGACAACAAAGGGAGAGAGUUGGAGGGGAAGAAGGACCCUGAUGCUAAACGGAGGAGACAGACCAAAGAGGAGAGCUCCUCUGACUCAGAGAACCAGGAGAAGAGCAAGGGGGUUGCGGGAGACCGCAAGCGGCAGCAGCCCACUCUGACCGAGACGGGGGACAAAGACGAUCGUCAACGACGCAAACCAGACGAGCAGAAAGAGCAAAACAAAGAUGAUGGAAACAAAGUGGAUGAAAGGAAAGGAGACAAGAAGAAAGAGAUAUCGAUAGAAUCGAGGCUGCAGAGGUUGCAUGGAGAAAUCAAAAUCUCCCUCAAGAUUGACAACCCAGAUGUGAAGAAGUGUCUGGUGGCGUUGGAUGAGCUGGGCAUGCUGCAGGUCACCACCCAGCACCUGCAGAAACACUCAGAGCUCAUUGCAACACUCAAAAAGAUCCGGAGGUUCAAGGCCAGCCAGGACAUCAUGGACAAGUCCACCAUGCUGUACAACAAGUUUAAGAGCAUGUUCCUGCUGGGGGAGGGGGACCAGCUGCUCAGCCAGGUGCUCAACAAGUCCAUAGCAGAGCAGAAGCAGCAGGAGGAGGCCAGGAAGGGAGCCCAGAAGAAGGCUGAGCGGGCCAGGGAGAACAACACAGAUAACAAUAUGAAUGGCGACUCCAGUCCUGAUGAUAAGAAGCAGGAGUCGGACAAGGAGAAGCCUGCUGAAGAGGCCUCUACAGGUGAUAACAGCAGCGCUGUGCUAGUUGCCGUCCCAUUUUCUAAUCCCUUUGCCGGCAGUGUAGUGAAGGCCCAAGAGGAAACCAACUGAUGAAGAACCAUCUGACUGACUAAACGGAAGGGGAUGUUGGUGCUGCUGACCUUCUCCUGAGUCCUGACUGAUCUGUGCUGAUCCCACCUGCACACACUAGUCCAAACACCACCAAUAAGAGGUCCUGUUGCUUUGACAUCAUGUCGUACAAAUCCAGGCUCUUCUCUGGUCUGAACACCCACGUCUUAAACCCUACAGAGCAGUGUCUUCCAAAGUCCUAUUUUAGAUUUCAUUUUUUAUGAUGAAUGCAUCCACUGUGGCUGUUUUUUAAACUGAUGGUAGUAAAAAGUGGUUCCACAAGGAAAAUAUGUUUAAUUUAACUAGGCAAGUCAGUUAAGAACAAAUUCUUAUUUUCAAUGACGGCCUAGCAACAGUGGGUUGCCUGUUCAGGGGGUUUGAACUUGCAACCUUCCGGUUACUAGUCCAACGCUCUAACCACUAGGCUACCCUGCCGCCCCAAUACUACUUGGGGCGACCUUACUUUGUUUGAACUAUUCUGCUAUGUGGUGAAAAAUGUACAGUAUCAUGUUUGAGAAUGUCAUGGCAAAAAUGUAGUGGGUCAAGGAAGCUUUAUAGUCUGUUUUAAAAUCACUUAACGUUUGACAUCGCAAGAUCUUGCAGUUCAACUCAAUUAUACAAGAUAGAUAAAAUAUACGGUAGUUACUGGUAGGAGUCUUUGUAUUACUAGUUAGUUUAGUAAAAUGUACUUAAUACUGACCAAUAUUACUCCGAGUAGGUGCACAUUUUGUUCUUGCACAGAAAGGAAAUACUACUUGUGCCAAAGGUUUUUUUUCCUUCCACUCGCACACCCAAGUUUAAAUGUCUGUCUGUUGUAAGUCCUCCAAUUUGCUGACAUUGAUGUAAAUAAGAGUAUUUUUGUGCCUGUCUGAAAGCCUGUUUAGCCUCCUUUGUAAUAAAGCAUUGGGUCGGUAACUACA